UCUUUGUCCCCAUUAAUAACAGAGGAGAAAUUUGUUUGUGUUUUAUCUAAUAACAAGCUUUCAUUGCCAUUGCAGCAACGUUCUCAUGUACCCAAAUUUGGCAAUUGGGAGAGUGAAGAGAAUGUUCCCUACACAGCUUAUUUUGAUAAGGCCCGUAAGGGUCGCACUGGAGGAAAGAUUGUAAAUCCUAAUGAUCCCCAAGAGAGCCCAGACUUACAUGAUGAUUAUGUAGCUCCAACAAGAGCUUCUCCUGCUUCCAGAGCAAAACCAGAACUGGAUGAACCAGUAGGACAUGGACCUGCUAGAAGGGCACAUGAGCGUGGAAGGAGCAGGGAAGAAGGGGAACUCAAACAAUAUUCUUACUCUCCAUCACAUCAUGACAAUGUUAACCGUAGAGCUUCUGGUGACUCUACACCUUCACGUUAUGGUCGUGGAGCAAAUGUUGGUGAAGUCCCAAAACGACCUGCAAGAUCAAGUAUUGGAUCUGAAAACAGCAUAGAUAGAUCACCACUCCAUCACCAGGCACGGGUCGGGAGAGGUAGCAUGGCCUCACCUGCAUGGGAAGGAAAGAAUUCAUAUGAUGGUAGCCAUGGUACUCCUGGGAGAUCAAGAAUGAAGCCAAAUACUAGAGGCGAUGAAAGUCCUGAUAAAGGUGCUGCUGUUCCCAAAUUUGGUGACUGGGAUGAGAAUAAUCCGGCAUCGGCUGAUGGUUAUACUCACAUUUUCAACAAGGUGAGAGAAGAGAGGAACAACGGGGGCAGGGUACCAGGCAUGCCAGGUGAGCAAUCUCCAUACCACACUGGUCAGAAUCGGAAGCCAACUAACAGCAGUGCUAAGAGUUGCUGCCUUCCAUGGUGCAGGAAAUGAGGCCUUUGAAUCUGUGGAUUUGUUAUAAGUUGUGUGGAAUAUAUUGUAAAUACAUUGAAGGCUCCUUCAAAGCAGAGUAAUUUCACUGAAGUGCGGUUAUUAUGUCUGCGUGUGUGCUUUUUUUGUGAUGAUAAACAUGGUAUUUUGUUUGGUAAACAUGUUUUUUUUUUUCUCCCGUUCUCUCUGUUAUAUACUCUUUUUCACUCUUAGCUUGUCCAUUUUGGUAUACCACUUUACAUUGCAACUAUGUUUGGUGAGAAAACACCAGAUGCAGAUUCUUUAAUUGUGUUCUAAAUGUAUGGUGUCCAUUUUUGUUGUUUACAAA